GUUUCAAUAACUUCAGCUCAUCACAACUAACUUUUACAUAUCAAACUAGCAACUCCCUCAUUUUCCUCUCUUUAAAAACCAUGGCAGCUGCUACAAUGGCUCUUUCUUCUCCUUCUUUUGCCGGACAGGCAGUGAAACUCGCACCCUCUGCCUCAGAAAUCUCUGGAAAUGGAAGGAUCACCAUGAGAAAGGCUGUUGCCAAGUCUGCCCCAUCUAGCAGCCCAUGGUAUGGCCCUGACCGUGUUAAGUACUUGGGUCCAUUCUCUGGUGAGUCCCCAAGCUACUUGACCGGUGAAUUCCCAGGUGACUACGGCUGGGAUACCGCUGGACUUUCAGCUGACCCUGAAACCUUUGCCAAGAACCGUGAACUUGAGGUGAUCCACUGCAGAUGGGCUAUGCUUGGUGCUCUUGGAUGUGUCUUCCCUGAGCUAUUGGCCCGUAACGGUGUCAAGUUCGGUGAAGCUGUGUGGUUCAAGGCCGGAUCCCAGAUCUUCAGCGAGGGUGGACUUGAUUACUUGGGCAACCCAAGCUUGGUCCAUGCACAGAGCAUCUUGGCCAUCUGGGCUUGCCAAGUUGUCUUGAUGGGAGCCGUUGAAGGUUACCGUAUUGCUGGUGGACCUCUUGGUGAGGUUGUCGACCCACUCUACCCAGGUGGAAGCUUCGACCCAUUAGGCCUUGCUGAAGACCCAGAGGCAUUUGCUGAGCUCAAGGUAAAGGAGAUUAAGAACGGCAGACUUGCUAUGUUCUCUAUGUUUGGAUUCUUCGUUCAAGCCAUUGUUACCGGAAAGGGUCCAUUGGAAAACCUUGCUGACCACCUUGCAGACCCCGUUAACAACAACGCUUGGGCUUUCGCCACAAACUUUGUUCCCGGAAACAAGGCCGGAUCCCAGAUCUUCAGCGAGGGUGGACUUGACUACUUGGGCAAGCCAAGCUUGGUUCAUGCACAAAGCAUCUUGGCCAUUUGGGCUUGCCAAGUUGUGUUGAUGGGAGCUGUUGAAGGUUACCGUAUUGCUGGUGGACCUCUUGGUGAGGUUGUCGACCCACUCUAUCCUGGUGGCAGCUUUGACCCAUUAGGUCUUGCUGAAGACCCAGAGGCAUUUGCUGAGCUCAAGGUAAAGGAGAUCAAGAACGGUAGACUUGCUAUGUUCUCUAUGUUUGGAUUCUUCGUUCAAGCCAUUGUUACCGGAAAGGGUCCAUUGGAGAAUCUUGCUGACCACCUUGCAGAUCCAGUUAACAACAAUGCAUGGGCCUUUGCCACAAACUUUGUUCCCGGCAAAUGAAUAUCAUAAAAUGUUCUCUAGAUAUUAUUGUUUGAUGGCUUUGUAAAGUUUUAGUUGUGAGUUUACUUGACAAUAGAAUGAUUUUUUCUUAGUCCUGAA